GGCUCCGGCCGCCUGCGAUCGCGACCGGCCCGGCGCGCGCUUGUGCAGAGCCGGCCAGGGCAGGAUGGGCAACCACACGGGCAAGCGAGAGGCCGCCGCCGAGAGGCCCGGCAAGAAUGGUGAAGCAAGCAACAGAGGAGGGCCACAGAGGAAAGGACGCCGUGGAGAGCUGGCCCAGGCGGCCUCGGAGGACAGCGAUGUGUUUGGCGAGGCAGAUGGGGCCGGGAACAAUGGGCCCUCGCUCGAGGACGCGGCGGUGACAGACUCCAAGCGCACAGCGGACCCGAAGAAUGCCUGGCGGGGUGCCCGCCCGGCCGGCCCCGGGAGCCGCCCCCACUUGAUCCGCCUCUUUUCCCGAGAUGCCCCCGGGAGGGAGGACAACACCUUCAAAGACAGGCCCUCCAAGUCCGACGAGCUACACACCAUCCGAGAGGACAGCGCCGUAGCUUCUGACGACCCAGACGCCAUGGCCUCCCAGAAGAGACCCUCUCAGCGGCACGGAUCCAAGUACCUGGCCUCCGCCAGCACCCUGGACCACGCCAGGCACGGCUUCCUCCCCCGGCACAGGGACACGGGCAUCCUCGACUCCAUCGGGCGCUUCUUUGGCGGUGACAGGGGCGCGCCCAAGCGGGGCUCCGGCAAGGUACCCUGGCUGAGGCAGAGCCGGAGCCCCCCGCGCGCUCAGGCCCGCAGCCCGCCUGGGCUGUGCAACAUGUACAAGGACGCGCACCACGCCGCGCGCACGCACUACGGCUCCCUGCCGCAGAAGCAGCACGGCCGGCCCCAGGACGAGAACCCCGUCGUGCACUUCUUCAAGAACAUCGUGACUCCGCGCACGCCUCCCCCAUCGCAGGGAAAGGGCAGAGGGCUGUCCCUGAGCAGAUUCAGCUGGGGGGCCGAGGGGCAGAAACCAGGAUUUGGCUAUGGAGGCAGAGCUCCUGACUGUAAAUCGACUCACAAGGGACUCAAGGGGGCCCACGACGCCCAGGGCACGCUUUCCAAAAUCUUUAAGCUGGGUGGAAAAGACAGCCGCUCCGGAUCUCCGAUGGCGCGGCGCUGAGCCCGCCCUUCCGCCGCGAACCCGCCCUCUGCUUCCUAAUACACCGCCUCCAACCCUAACCCCUCCGCCCCACUAGCUAGCUAGAGCACACGUCCUCCCUCCUAAUCCGGAGCUGGGGCCGGAGGGGCCGCGACCCCCCCACCCCCACCCCAGCCCACACCGAAACAGAGGAAAUGAAGACUAAAAUGGCCGAAACUGUCCUUUUCUGUUGGAAGAUUGCGCUUCCGCGGGGUCUUCGCGGCCGCGCCGGGCGCCCCGACGCUCCCCGGUCCCGCCUCUGCAGACUCAAGUGCACAGCCCCCCGUCCACGUCCCCCUCCCCGCACCCCGGACUUUGUUUCUGCCGCAAGGCCCCCUGCCCCGGCUUCCGUGGGCACUGCCGCCGAGGCACCGGAGAACGCAGCGUGGGGACUGUCGUGAUCCAGCCCUCCCCCGUCCCUCCCUCCCCGCCCUCCCGCCCCCCCCCCCGCCCCCAGCGCCUCGUCUUUCCUAACAGGAUCAGACAGUCACGGAGUGGCUGGCCGUGGAGCGUUUGGUACGUGAGCGUGUGCUGGGCAGCUGGAGCGUGGAGCGCGGGCUGCGCGGGGGGCGCCUCCAGGCCGGGGCCCCCCCGCACCCGCCGGCCGAUGGCGAGCGCGGAGCGUGGCGGAGGGCGGGAGAGGGACGCGCGGGCCGGGCGCCGGGCGCCAGCCCUCAGUGCAGGCGCAGCAGCGGAGACCCCGUGUCCUCCGAGCCCGGCGGGGGGGGGGGGUCCGGGGAGAUGGCGCAUCUCGGAUGGGGACCGUGGGAGUUCUCGGGUGGGCUCUCGGGGCGCCGCGGCAGUGCUCACGGGCACACACUAACCCCUCCUUCCCCCCGACACGACCCGGCGCUGACCCGCUAACCACGCUCGCUCGCUCGGGCCGGCCCGGCCCGGCCGCCCCCCCGGGGAACGAGCUCCGAGCGGCCGCCGCCGCCCUAACCUACUGACCCGGCCCCAGACCCUCGCGAGCACCCCCGCGGGCCGCCCGCGUCCCCACGCCCGCCACGCGCUAAUCCCCGCUAAUCCCCAGUGUGUCCUGUGGGUGUGAGCAGUGCACGUUAUUAACCCAGAGCGUCAGCGGCGAGCGUGAGGAGAAAUAAAGACACGGGGAGCCCGGCUCCAGACGCGCGCCCUCGAGGCGUGCGCCCCCAGCCAGCCCUGCGCGGCGGCUCGAGGGCGGCUCGCUGCCCUCCAGUGGCGAAAUAAAACCAUG